AGAUCACAAAAUUAUAAUAAUGGCGGAUAGUGGUGUGUUGAUAAGUUGUUAAACGUUGUGCGAUAUAUGAAAUAAAAAUUAAAUACGAAUUCUGACUGUAUAAAAGUUUUAUAUUAUUGUUAUUUCUUAGAGUAUUCACUAAAGUAAAUAUACAAUGUCGCGUUCUGUUCGUGCGGAGACGAGAAAUCGUGUAAAAGAUGAUAUCAAACGGGUCAUGCAGGCUGUUGAAAAAGUUCGCCAUUGGGAAAAGAAAUGGGUGACAAUUGGUGAAACUACAAUGAAAAUUUAUAAAUGGGUCCCAAUAUCAACAAAUGAGCAAAAAAAGAAACAUGCAGCCAAACUUGAAAAUAAGGAAAACGCAUUGACGCCCAAGAAAAUGCACGAUUCUUCCAGCUCUAACUUUGGUAUCGCUGAAGAUUCCAACACCUGUUUUUCCACAGUUAGUGAUUCUCAAGGACCUACUGAGUUUACCUCAAAUAACUUCAACUCUGAAGACUCAAACUCACAGAGCAGCGGCACCACCACACCAGCUAAGAGGUUAAAAACUGACUGAGAAACAGUGAAACAGUUUUAUUACACCAAGUGACUGGGCUGAUUGUCAAACAAACUUGAUGAUUUAUUGAGGUUUUCUUUGAUAUGAAAUUCUGUGGGCAUAUCUGAAACCUGUUGCAAUCUUCAGCAUGAUAUGUAAGUGGUAGACUGCCAUAAUAACCUCUGCAUGUCACAUGUCUACACCUACAAUUAACUAUGGAAAACCCUUAAAAUAUGCAGAAAGUAUAUCAAAAUUAUUUGUGGCUUCAUUCCACUGAGAUCAGCCCAGAAAGACUCAAAUUGUGCAAGUGCUAAGUUAAGAAUUGUGUGUUCAGUAUACAAAUUGUUGUGAGUGAGAUUGUUUAUGUGCUUAGACUUAACCUUAUACAUAUAAGUAUGCUCCAAAUAUUGUGUAAGAAUGGAUUUCAAUAAAUGUAUGUCUGAACAACCUCUGACCAUGCAACUCAUCAUCUCAUUGA